AUGACACGAACACGCAUUGUAUUUGAAAGAGUAAUUUUUAUAAUAAUUUUUAUAGGUAUAUGUUACUUUUUCUUUGAUUUUAUGACUGUGUAUGAAGAUUCUAUUCGUUAUUUGAGUUUUCUUUUACUUAUUAUUAUUUAUAUAACCUCAUAUACAUUAGCAGUUUUACCAGAUAUUGCUAAUUCAAUUAAUUAUUUUUUGUUUUAUAAAAUAAGAAAAAGAAAGAUAUAUGCAAAUUCUUUGAAUGAAUCUUUAAAUUCUAAAGGAAAAGUUAAUGAAAGUAGUUUAAAAAUUGAUGAUAUCAUUGAUACUUGUUUUUUGUAUAUAAAUCAAGAAUUUAUUCAAAAAGAAAGUUUUAAAAAAAGAAGAGAAAAAAACUAUUAUGUAAAUGAUGAAAAUUAUAAAAAAGACAUUGAUAUAAAUAAAUAUAAUGAUAUUUUGCAAAUUAAACAAAAGAAAUUAAAGAAUAACAAAAAUAAUAUAAAUAACUAUAUAUUAAGAAAAAGUGGGAAAUACAAAAAAUAUAUCAUAGAUAGUUCAGAGAAAUUUGAAAAAACUUUUUUUAAUGAACAAAGAAAGACCAUAAAAAUAAAAGAUAGUAUUAAAAAUUAUAUAGAAUUGAAAAAUUCAAAGAAAAGAGAGAAAAAAAAGGAGGAUGAAUUAUUAAAAUAUAGUAGAGAUAAUUAUAGGAACAAUUAUAAAAUAUUUAAUGAGAAAGAAUACAUAUAUAGAACGAUCGAACAUUCUCUAUAUAAUGAGAUAUAUUUUGAGGGGAACAGUGAUAAAAGUUUAGAAGAAGAUAUUCAUUUUAUAAAUAAAAAAAGAAACAUAUGUUUUAAUUUUAAAAAUAUAUUAUGCAAAAAUAAGGGAAUGAACAAAAAAAAAUCUAGUUAUUACAUAAACACAUAUUCAAAUAUAAACUGCUAUAAAUUAGAUAGCUUUUAUGAUAGAAAUAAGCAAAUUUUAAAAGAUCCCAAUUUCUCAAAAUGGAGUAAUUACUUUUUUAAAUUUAUAAUAAAUGCAAAAUUAGUAUGUAGAAAGUUUUGUAAAAAUACCUCUUUUUUAAUUGCAGACAUUAUUAUAACCUUAUUAUUAAAUAUUGUUUGGUUAAAUGUUCAUAAAUUUUUACAUAGAAAUAAUGAUGAAUUAGACAGAGGUAUGUUUAAUUGGAAUACAGACAAUAUACCAAAAAUAUAUAACAAAAUAGAAGGAUAUUUACAAUAUUUAAUUUUAUAUGAUAUGUGUAUAAAAUUAUUUCUUUUUUUUUCAGCUAAUCAUAUAUUAAAUUUUUGGUUUUUAUUAAAUUUAAUGAAUACUCCCAUUUUUUAUAUAGUUGUUUCUUUUUCAACCAAAAUAAAAUACAAAAAAUUUAAUUGGCUCUAUUUAUCUUGUCCUUUCCGAUUUCUUAAUUUUCUCAGAAUAGAAUAUUUAUUUGGUGAAUUUAAUAAUUACAAUAAAUUAAACUUUCCUUUGAUUAAAUUAUCAAUCCAAAUAUUUGUUAUGAUUUACACCUAUGCAUGUAUAAAUUUUUUAAUUGAACAACCAUGCAAAGGUAAAUAUGAAUUAUAUGAUUAUGUUUUUUCUGGAAUGCAAACAGUAACAACAGCUGCAUUAGGAAAAGGAACGUGUUUUCCUUUUUCACAUAAAGGAAAAUUUGCUCAUGUUUUUUAUAUAUUUGUGACUUUUACAUAUAUACAUUAUAAAAUUAGAUACCUGAAAAAUUAUAUUGUAGAGGAAAAAAAAAUAUAUGGAAAAAUGCCUCAUAUUAGUUCAAAUUAUUUUGUUAUAAUAGGACAUAUUAAACCGAUAGCUUUAUUUGUGAUUAUAAGUGAAUUACAGUCUAAUUAUAAUAAUCUUGAUGAAAUUAUUAUUUUAACUAGUUUACCUAUAAAAUUUUACGUAAAUAUAAUUCGUCUAUUAAACAAAAAAAGUGUAUGUCAAGUAAGCUUAUGUUUAUAUGAUUUAAAUAAACCAUUACCUAUAAAAAUCAAAAAAAUUAUAUCAUAUAGUAGUGGUGUUUUUAUAUGCAAUAAUAUUAUUAAUACUCAUCAUAAUAUUAGCAAUGAUAUGGAAACAUUAAAAAGAUACAAUGAAAUAUCUUCAUUAGGAACCUUUAGCAAAAAUGUUUCUGUUUUUCUGAAUAAUAUGUAUAACAAUAACAUUUUAUUAAAAAGGAAUAGUAAACAUAUAAUAUGUUUAAAUAAUUUAAAAAUGAAAUUAUUUGCAAAAACUAUAGACAAUUGUCAUGGAAUGUUUUUAUUAGUAUUAUUAUUUUUUAUCAACAUUCCUCAAAAAUUAGAAUUUAAGCAUUCAUAUGUAUUAAAUCAUGUUUUUGAUCAACUAAAGAAAAGUUCUAAAAAAAGUUCUCACAAAAAACAGUAUAAGAAAAAAAAAAACUACUUUAACUUAAGAUAUUUACAAAAUUUUCAUUCAAAGCAUUUUUUUCGUGAACAGAAUUGCAACAAAAAGAAAAAAUCCUCAUCUUCAAAAGUUAAUACAACUGUAACUACUCAUAGAAAUAAUAAUAAUAAUAAUAAUAAUAAUAAUAAUAAUAAUAAUAAUAAUAAUAAUAAUAAUAAUAAUAUUAAUAAUAAUAAUAAUGUUUAUAAAUUUAAUAUUCUAAGAAAUUAUGAAAAUGAUUUAACGAAUACAAAAAAUAAGCAAAGAAAAAAAAAAGACAAAUUUUCUGCAAAAAAAAAAAAAAAAAGUAAUAAGAGUAUUCAAAAAAUGUUAUUAACUCAUAAAAAAAGAAAAAAAAUUAAAAUUUUUCCUUUAUUUAUUAAAAAAAAAACAAAAAAGUCUUUAAAUAAAAAUUUUUCAUUUCAUGAAGAUGAUGAUUAUUCAUAUUUUAAUUCUUAUAAUAACUAUUUAAAUUAUAUAAAAGGUAUAAGAUAUAACAUUUAUAAAGUUAAAUUACCAUCCUUUUUUUUUAAUAUUCAUUUUAUUACAAUUGUUCAAUAUAUGUACUUAAAUUAUAAUGCUUUUGUAAUAGGAAUAAUAGAUGAAUUUGAUGAAAUAAAAUUAAAUCCAAUCAAUUUUUAUUAUACUUCAGAUAAUAUAGAGUUUAUUAUAUUAAGUGAUGAUUUUAACAUAUUACAUGAGAUUUCAAAAAAUAAAAAAAUUGAACUAGAUUGGUUAAAUAAGAUAGAUUGUGUAAAAAUUAAGAAAAAAAAUAAUAAUAAAGUUUUCCAUGAAAAUGAAGAAAAUAAUAGCAAUAAUAAUAAUCAUGAAUUUAAUAAAUUGAAAAAUGAAAAUAUAUAUUUUAACCCUGUUUUAAAUAUAUAUAGAGUAGAUAACUAUUUGCAAGCUUACGAGAUUUUUAAUUUAAAAAAUGAAAAUAAUUGUUCUCGUAAUAAUAUAAAUAAAUUAAAUUCUGCAUCAGAUGGAAUAUCUUCUAAUAAGGAAAACAGAAAAUAUAGUAAAUUUAUUUGUAAUGAUAAAGGUUUUAUGAAUAAGAAGAAAAAAGUACAUUAUUAUAAAAGUGAAGAUGAAAAAAAAGCAGUAAAUUGUUACAAAACUAAAAGAAAUAUAAUAAACGAAAAAAAAAAAGGUACCCAAGGAAUAUUGAAAAAAAAAAGUCUUUUUAAUAAAGAAAUUUUCUUUAUUUGGAAUAAAAAUAGUUUCUCUUAUAACAAGAAUGUAAAAAAAAAACAAAAAAGAAAAUAUAAAAAUACAGAUUUCAUUAUAUUAAUUUAUUGGCCUGAAUCAUUAAAUACAUUUCUAAAAAUAUUAUUUAGAAGAAAAAAACAUAAUAUAAUUAUAUUAAGUGACCAAAUUCCUUCUUACAUAUAUAAUAAUACAUUAUCAAAGUAUAAAUAUAAUAUAUGUUAUAUACAAAAAUCUCCUUUGAUUUUGUUUAAUUUAAUAGUUUCAGGAAUAUUAGAAUGUCAGAAAUGCAUAAUUUUUAAGAAUUACUUAAAGUUAGAUUCUCAUCAAAACAUAAUAUCCUACAAUGAACAAAGAAAGAGUAUAAAUUUUUUUGAAUAUAUCUGUGAAAAUAAUGAUAAUAACUUAAUAAUUAUUUAUAAUAAUAUUCAAAAUAUUUUUAUGAGGAGAAAUGUUAACAACUCUUUUGUAAGUUAUUGUAUAAAAAAAAAUAACGAAUCCUUUGCAUAUAAUGAUUACUUAAAAAAUAAAUUAUACUUUUCUAAUAAAGGUAGUUACAGAAAAAAAGAGGAAAUACAUAAUACAAAACAAAUAAAAGAAAAAAGAAAAAAAAAGGAUUUAUAUUUACUAAUAGAAUUAAACAACACUUUAUCAGUUCAAUAUUUAAAUAAUGAUGUUUAUAAAAAUAAUAACUUAUUAAAAAAUAUAUCUAAUAAUAUAAAUAAAAGCAAUUCACAAUAUUUAUUAUCUCUAGAAAAGCAUAAAAAGCAAACGCAAUUUUUUAAUUAUGGAAAUUUACUUGUAGAAAAUAUCUACAAAAAAAUUGAACAUAUUUUUGUUGAUAAUUAUUUUUUUUAUUUAUAUUUUUUACAUUUCACAUCUGCUAGUAUAUUUAUUGAUGAAUUAAUUUAUCAUUUAAUUGGAUAUACAUUCCCAAUUAAAGAAUCUUCAUUAAAUAUUUAUAUACUUGAAGCUUUUAUCAAAGGAACAUAUGCUGAUAAAAAAAAAAAAAUAAAAACUGAGUUAUUACUAAAAAAAAUUAAUCCCAAAUACCACUGUAGAAACUUUUUCUUUAUUUUUCAAAGGUAUCUUAAAAAGGGAUCAAUAAUAAUUGGUGUUUAUAGACAUAAUGAAGAAAAUAAUAUGAGCAUAGUUAUCCCUUGUCCGCAAAAAUGUUUUAUGAUGCAUAAGAAUGAUCAGGUUUAUCUAUUACAAUGUCAUUUUGAAGUUACGUAA